AUGCCCAAAUUCAAACAGCGAAGAAGAAAGCUAAAAGCCAAAGCGAAAAGAUUAUUCAAAAGAAAAGAAGCCUCUCACUUCCAGUCUAAGCUAGUUACACCUCCUCCUCCGCCACCCUCACCAGAAAGAGCGGUUAUUCCUUCAACAGAUAUACCCAUUAGUAGAAGCUGGCUAAGACUCUCCUGGAACUUCAGAUUUCCCAGUUUUAAAAAUCCAAUAAAGCUUUGGACAAAUAGAGUAUGGUCUAUAUACAGCUGGUGCUGGAGCUGCAUGACCCAGAGUUUCCAAGUUUUAAAAAACACCAUCUUUCCAUCCCGUCUCUGCCACCAAGAACUUCGUAGUCUAAAACAACGGUUUUGCAUUUUGGAAAAUGAAGUAUGCAAGCUCCAGGAAGCACUGAAGGCCAUCUCAGAAAACUCCUCCUGUCCCAGCUGUGGUCAAGCGUGUCACACGGGUCCUGAGCGUCCAGAAGUGCCCACCGGUGCUCCAGCCAGCCCUGCAGACUCUGCAGCUCUCUGUCCUCCCUCCCCAGCGCAGCCAGCCAGUCGCCCUCCACCCCCUCCGCCCCCUCCGCCCCCUCCUCCCCCUCCUCCUCCUCUGCCUCCACCCGCACCACCGACAGCACCAUUGCUGCUCAGAAAAUCUGCUCUCACGAAAGCACUUCAGGCUGGACCAUUAAAAAAAAAUGGACCCAUGCAGAUAACAGUUAAAGAUCUACUGACUGUGAAAUUAAAGAAGACACAGAGUUUUGAUGAAAGGAGGAAGCUUGUACCAUCACCAAAGGCACAGAACCCACUGGUUACUGUCUCUGACCUGCAACGCGUUACCCUGAAACCGAAGUCCAAAGUGUUAUCAACUCGAGUUACAAAUGUCUUAAUUACUCCUGGUAAAAGUCAGUUAGAUCUACGGAAACUACUUAGAAAAGUCGAUGUGGAGAGGAGCCCAGGUGGAACCCCACUUACUAAUAAAGAAAAUGUGGAAACAGGAACUGGACUAACCCCGGUGAUGACCCGGGCCUUGAAGAGAAAAUUUCAGCUGGCUCACCCUAGAAGCCCAACUCAAACUCUGCCGGUUUCUACAAGCAGCUUUGAUGAACAAAACUGA